ACAAGAUAUAUGUUCUGUUGGUAAAGACAUUAAAAAAAUUAGCAUUUUCUUAAAUACGGAAUGGAAACAGAAUUGUCAGUUUUUGGUUUUUGAUAAAUUGUGAAAAUGUGUCGUUGGGGAUGCGUGUACAAUGACACGACUUAUAUGUGUCGGUUUUGUGGUACAAGGUUUUGUAACGAUUGUCUCAAAGGAGAAUUCUACGGUUUAAUGAAAGAAGCUUCACAUUGCAGACAAUGUAACCAGGUACAAUGUCUGGGCAGAAGAGUCGAAUAUGUUGCCGGUAAAGGGCCUUCCGCUGAAGCAAAAGAGAAAUACGCCGCCUGGAAAGAGAAGCAAGGAAAGAAAAAAGGGAAAAAGAAAGGAGGGAAAAAAGGCAAAAAAGGAAAGAAGGGAGGGAAGAAAAAGAGAAAGAAAAAAUGAACUUGUUUUCCAAAUAGUUUUAGGAAAAUAUUGAUUUCUAUUGAGCAGAAAAUAUUAUUCGUUUAUUGACUGGACAAAUAGUUUAACCUUGCUGCUGUUGCCAAAACACAGUUUCCAUGUAUUGUCACAUUUUAUUAUACCAAAGAAAUUCAAGAUCCCAGUUUAUUUAUAAUAAGUGCAAUCACUGAUCUGCACUUAAAUACAUUGAAGCAACCGCGAGAUAUGAUUGAUACGUAAGUGUUGUUCUUACUGAACACUCGCAUGAAUAUAUUACUGUUAUCAUGUUGCCCUCAA